CACGCAAAAAAAACUUCAAUAUGUCCAACAUGUCUGACCGUCUCUCCAACGCCGCCAACUCCACUAUUGGAGGUGCCAAGCAAGCUAUUGGCGAGACCAUUGGCAACCCAAACCUUGCUGCCUCAGGAGCUGCCCAGAAGACCCAGGCCGAUACUGCCCAAGCUGCUGCACAAGCUAAGACUCAUGCUGAAGGCCUCGGCGAUCAAAUUAAGGGCCGUGCCCAGCAAGUUGUCGGAUCCGCUACUGGUGAUCGCGAGCUCCAGACAAAAGGCCAUGCCAACGAAUUCGAGGGCGAUAUUGAGCGCAUUGUCUAAAGAGGAGAACGUAACUUCAGCA